UCCCCCCAGAACAUCCCUUCCCCAACAGCCACCCCCCCAACCCAAUCCUCCCCUUUUCCUGUAUAAAAUCAGAAAACCAAGCUCUAAACUUUCCGAGCGUUUGGUCUCUUCUGUCUUCUCUCUUGGUUGUUAGUGCGAGCAGUGGGUAGAGGAAAUGGAGGGAGGAAAAAGAAAUCAGUCGUUGAAGUUAGCCAUCCUUGUCUUCCAUCCUCUUCUCGCUCUUCUCAUCUCAACUUCUCCUAUCCAUGCUCUCAACAUUGGCGUCCAGUCUGCUAACUUCGGCAUCAUCUCAAGCAAGCAGCAGCACUGCAGCAGAACAUGCGAGUCACAGCACUGCAAUACGGCUCCGUUUCUGAAAUAUGGAAAAUACUGUGGGUUUUUAUACAGCGGCUGCCCGGGGGAGAAGCCAUGCGAUGCUCUCGACGCCUGCUGCAUGAACCACGACAACUGCAUCCAAUCCAAAAACAAUGACUACUUGAAUGUGGAGUGCAGCGAGAACUUGCUCUACUGCAUCGCUGAGGUGAGAGGUUCCGGGAAGGGAACGUUCGAGGGGAACAAGUGCAUGGUGGAGGAGGUGGUGGAUGUGAUCACUGUGGUGAUAGAGGUUGCCCUGUUAGCUGGGAGGGUUCUUCACAGGCCAUAGCGGGCGAUGAUGCUCUGGGAUGAUGGUCCGGACUUGUCGUUUUCUAAGUGCUCUUCACAUGGGCUCCACCAGUCUGUAAUCUUAUCCCGAUUAUUAAUAAUGAGCUGGUUCCUUGUCCUCGAUAGACGGAUGCCCUGCUCUGACUACAUCUCUUUUCCCAAGGCCUUUUUUUUUAAUGGGGUUUUUGGAAUUAUGGCUGAUAUCUUUCUUGGCAUAUUUCUCAAGAAAAAAAAAAAAAAAACUUUCUUGG